AUGGAACUUACAAAGGGUAUGUGUAAAAAAUGUAUUAAUAAAAUAAAUGAUACAAUUUCAACAUGGAUUAAUGAAUCUAAUAAAGAUUUGAAAGUCGAAGAAGUUCAAAAUCAAUUUGAAGUUAAACAUAUUUCUAAAAAGAAAAAAAUAUCAAGUUAUGAAGCUACUAAUAGUAUUAUGAAUGUUGAAAAAAAGUUUACUGUUGAUGUAUAUAACAGAGUAUUUGAUACACUUAUACAAAUUAUGGAAAACCGAUUUACAAAUAAUAAAGAAAAAAUACUUGAUUUAACAUUAUUAUCACCUAUUAAUUUUGAUUCAUUUGUGAAUGGACUACCUAAAAAUGCUUUUGCUAAAUUAUCUGUAAAAUUAAAACCAUAUUUUGAUGAAGACAAUGAAAAUGAAAUAAAAUAUAAACUGUCUGAAGAAAUUUUAAGCUUUUCAAAAUCUUGGAAAAAUUUAAUGAAAUCUGUAGAUGAUAAAUAA